AUGAUAUACUCCACGCAGAUAGCCAGGCUGGAUGGCCUCAUGCUCUGCGCCGACGAAGGAAAUGACCAGUCACUCGACGAAAUCAAAUCUCAGAUCAAGCAAGUCCUGCGAAGACUGAAUCGCAAUUCCGAAUCUCAAGCCACCGUCGAGGCCGGACAAUAUACUUUCCACUACCUCAUCCACCAAGAAAUCAUCUACCUCUGCAUAACCGCACACUCCUACCCCCGAAAACUAGCAUUCACCUACCUCUCCGACCUCUCCACCGAAUUCAGCACCACCUACCCCUCGCACACCCUCCUCUCACCCACACUCCGUCCCUACGCCUUCAUGGAAUUCGACACCUUCAUCAACCGCACCAAAGGCACGUAUUCCGACACCCGCGCUACUCAGAACCUCGAUAAGCUGAACGACGAGCUCCGAGACGUCACGAAGGUCAUGACUAAGAAUAUCGAGGAUUUGCUGUAUCGUGGUGAUAGUCUGGAGCGGAUGGGAGAGGUUAGUUCGAGGCUGAGAGAAGAUAGUAAGAAGUAUCGGAAGGCGGCGGUUAGGAUUAAUUGGGAGUUGCUGCUUAAGCAGUAUGGACCGAUUGGGGGGUUGGGAUUGUUUGUUGUGAUCUUUAUGUGGUGGAGAUUCUUCUCAUGA